GACUUCUUUUAUUCUUUUUAUUUUUACCUUUCUUAGUUAUUUAAUAACCUCUUAAAUUAACGUGCUCCUUUCAAUAUCCAGUGUAGCAUCGGAGCACAACACAUUACUCGUCAAUUUCAAGCUCUACCACAUAUACGACCACAUACAUCUUUACGUCGAGAUGCUUGUGCCAUCUCUUUCUGUCGCCCUCUACGCUGUAGGCACGACAGCUGCACUACGCCAAUUCAAUUUCACCGUUCACAGCGCCGUCAACUCUCCAGAUGGAUUCGAGCGCGAAGUUUAUCUCAUCAAUGGUUAGCAGCCAGGGCCUUUGGUUGACGUGGAUGAAGGGGACGAUGUCGAGAUUUUUGUCCAGAACGACUUGAAUGUCGAGACGACCAUCCAUUGGCAUGGUUUGUUAUCACUUUGAUCAUACGUGCCGCAUUAACAAUCACUUAAAACAAUUUCCCCAACUAGGACUCCUGCAGAGAGGAACUCCUCAUAUGGAUGGUGUGCCAGGUGUUACACAGGACCCCAUCCCUCCAGGGGGCAACUUUACCUAUCGGUUUUCUACGGCAUCUCAAUACGGGUUCUUCUGGUACCAUUCUCACUUCCGUGCCUAUUAUAACGAUGCCAUUCGCGGUCCACUCCUCAUCCGACCGGCCGCAUCACGCCCACGCCCGUUCACGACACUGGCUAAAGAUGAGGAUGAUCUCGCAGCGCUUCUAGCGGCUGAGCAAAACGCGACAAAUGUACUUCUGAAUGACUGGACGCACGAAUCCUCGGAUGUUAUAUUUGCGCGAUAUAUCAAGACCGGUGCCUUUCCGUCGUGUGUUGAUAGUAUUUUAGCUAACGGCCGAGGAAGGGUACAGUGCCUCCCUAAGAGCACCCUCGAAUCCGGACCAGGGCUCAAAAUGCAGCCUCAAAACACAACUAGAGCCCUCGGGACAUCAACAAGCACUUCUGAGAUGCGAUACAUGUCAGAUAUGUCAAGCAUGGACAUGUUGAAAGGACGCGAUAUGCAUGGCAUGACCAUGGACUCACCUGUGGGCCCAGCCACAUUACAUCCAUCUGCUAUCAUGUCAUUGGACCAUUCCACUUCUCCAGCAUCUUCAGGGGCACCUGGAAUGCCGGGGAUGGACACGCUGAGCCCCCGUGGCUGUACGCCGCCCAUGAUGUUCAAGCCGGGAUUCAAUAUAUCGUCGCUGCCGCCCGAGACCUGCAUGAACACGACCUCGCCUUUACUUAUCAUCUCUACGGGUCAGUCGAAAGGAUGGCUGGCUCUCAACUUGGUCAAUUCUGGUGCCGUCAGUGCCUUGAGGGUUUCAUUGGAUGCGCAUUCAAUGUUUGUUUAUGCUGCCGACGGCCUUUAUACUAAUCUACAAGAGGUGAAUGUCCUUCAUAUGGAGCUUGGCCAACGGUAUUCCAUUAUGGUCAAGCUUGAUCAAUCUCCUGGGAAUUACUAUCUGAGAUUCACUACUUUCCCUAGCGGCGACAUGCAGCAAGUCCUCGAAGGGCAGGCGAUUGUGUCAUAUAAUGCUGACAAUGGUUCCACUACGGGCGUUAUGGAAGAUCCAGCUAUGUCAUGGAUGUACAUUAACGGCUCAGCUAAGAUCGGCGCUGCCCUACUUGACCCCUCGGCGCUAUCUCCAUUCGACGGCCACAAUUUGCCACCUUCGGGGCGACCCGAUAAGACAUUGUCUUUUGUUGUGAACCAGACAGACAUUGUGAGCUGGGUAAUCGACCGCGCUCCGUUCUCAGAGCCAGAUGUCCCUAUCAUCUAUGGGGAAAACUCCUCCGGCUGGAAUUCAAACACGACGAUACACUUACCAAUCAACUCAACUAUAGAUAUCAUCCUGAGCAUUUCAAACCAGUCUCUGGAUACGAUGGGCCAUCCGAUACAUCUUCAUGGCCAUAAAUUCUGGGUUCUAGGUUCUGGCGAGGGGCCAUUUCCGUAUGCAGCCGUCACAGAUGCGCCUGAAAACCUCAUUAACCUUCGAAAUCCCCCUUACCGAGACACGAUGGGCCUCCCUUCGCAAGGGUGGGCUGCAAUUCGUUAUGUGACGGAUAACCCCGGUGCGUGGAUAUUCCAUUGCCAUCUUCAGUGGCACGUCGUUGUUGGCAUGGCGAUGGUGCUUGUUGAAGGCGGAGACCAGAUUCCUGCACUGGUUGGACAAUACAAUAAAACAGCAGAUAGAAGCGGAGCGACCGUGUCGAUCGCGAGCCGUUAUGGUCCUUCCGCCGCACUUGUUGCUAUCGCGAUUGUCGCCAUCCCGCUUUUGUAUUGAUCUUCAACCCGUGUAUUAAUCGCACAAUAUGUAAGUUAAAUCGUCUACCACAAUGGGCUACUGGUAUAGAACGAUUUGUCUUUGCUGGCUUUGGCUUACACCCUAGGUUCUCUCUGCCGGAAUACGCUCUCAGCCGCAAGUCGCAACUGCAAGUCACAAUACAUAUCCCUUUUUAACUGCUCAAAUACUAUACGGAUUUACUGCACAUUAACUAACAUAUAAUAUAUGUAAGAUGAGUCUUAUAGAGAAGGAACUUAUAUACCUUUUGAGACAAUUCAGGGCAACUUUGAUAUACGUUUAAAGAGCGACAAUAAGAGUUAUC